AUGGCCACCUUUGUGGAGCUCAGCACCAAAGCUAAGAUGCCCCUUGUGGGCCUGGGCACCUGGAAGUCUCCUCCAGGCAAAGUCAAAGAAGCCGUGAAGGUGGCCAUUGAAGCAGGAUAUCGCCACAUUGAUUGUGCCUACAUCUAUGAGAAUGAGAAUGAGGUGGGAGAAGCCAUCCAAGAGAUGAUCCAAAAGAAAGUUGUGAAGCGGGAGGACCUCUUCAUUGUUAGCAAGUUGUGGGCUACCUUCUUUGAGAGAAAACUGGUGAAGGAAGCCUUUCAGAAGACUCUUAAGGAUCUGAAGCUGGAUUAUCUGGACAUCUACCUUGUUCAUUGGCCACAGGGACUUCAGCCUGGGAAGGGAAUAUUCCCCGAAGACGACAAAGGCAAUGUCCUCCACAGUAAACUGACAUUCUUGGAUGCUUGGGAGGUCAUGGAGGAGCUGGUGGAUGAGGGGUUGGUGAAAGCCCUUGGUGUCUCCAACUUCAACCACUUCCAGAUUGAGCGGCUCCUGAACAAGCCUGGACUGAAAUACAAACCAGUGACUAAUCAGGUCGAGUGUCACCCAUACCUCACCCAGGAAAAACUGAUUCAGUACUGCCACUCUAAGGGCAUCUCUGUCACUGCCUAUAGUCCCAUAGGCUGUCCGGAUAGACCUUGGGCCAAGCCAGAAGACCCUUCACUAUUGGAUGAACCCAAGAUUAAGGAGAUUGCUGCAAAGUACAAAAAAUCCCCAGGCCAGGUUCUUAUCCGGUUCCAAGUCCAGAGAAAUGUGGUAGCGAUCCCCAAGUCUGUGACACCAUCACGCAUAGUUGAGAACAUUCAGGUCUUUGACUUCAAAUUGAGUGAUGAAGAGAUGGCCACCAUCCUCAGCUUCAACAGAAACUGGAGGGCCUGUAGCUUGACUAACAUGUCUCAUUUGGAGGAGUAUCCCUUCAAUGCCGAAUACUGA